UACGGCGAUGCUACGGUGCCAAACAUCAUAGCACACCAAGAGAGAGAGGGGCCAUAGUGAACAAGCACCAGAGUCGUAGAGUCGACAUGGUCACGCAUCGGUUACGUAUCAUGAUGAUGGUACCAAUUCUCAGUCGCCUGGAAGGCAGGGUGGUGGCCUUCGCAGCAGCGAGAUAUCCUCGACUGAACUGCGCAUUACCCAUCGCCAGCAACGCUCCAGGUGCUGCUACGGGCAGCCGAAGAAGCAGUAGCAACACCGGCACCAGCAGCAGCAGCCGCCCAUUUCUUCGACGAAGAAGACCACGCUCCCACUCUCUCGCUGGCAACACCAGGGGUAGACCCGUAGUGUCAACACGGACGCUAGCAGUCGGACAUGAAAGCGCAGCGCCUGGCAAGACGGAAGGAGCCAGCGCUGAGGGUUUGGUAGGCAUGGAGGGCGCACGCGAGGCUCUGAGGUCGUUGUUCGGACACGACGACUUUCGGGACGGGCAGGUGGGGAUGCUGGUCGCCAUGUAG